GUACAUUGCUUCACGUACACACGCACAUUCGGCUUACAGUAAGCUUUUUUACAGAGGAGAAUGACUUGUACAGGUCAGGAAGACAAAUGAUGGUUUCCAUUAAAGCAACUAUCAGAUCUGCAUUGUUUACCAUUAUAUAUUUGGCUAGAGUGUUCGUGGAAGGCACUAAAACCUAUGAAUUUGGAAAGGACUGUUCGGUUUCAUUUGCCAAAGUGAACGAGGAUCGUCACCUUUACGUUGAAUACAAUGGGGAAAACGUUGGUUGGUGGUGCGAUGAUUUCUCAUUUAAUGGAAAAGCAGACGAAAUAAUGGAUGAAUACGAAGUUUGUGUUAAACCGCUAUAUUUCAGCGACCCAGACUGCGCUGUGCAGUUGGAAUACACUACUACAUACGGGGGUGUAACCUUACAGAGUGUAACAUGUUUAAAGAAUUACAACACAGAAUACUGUGGCCCUCAAGAUGAAUUUUUAUAUAUAAAUUUCAAAAAACGCAGUGGGAUAUCUACAUCAAAUGCUGGUUUUAAGUUACUUGUUACCGGCAAAAAAGUGUUCGACUAUGGGGCUUUUGUUGGUGCUAUCGCCGGUGGUGUGAUUGGAGGCCUAAUUUUGAUCUCCAUGGGGAUAGGUCUUGUAUGUUGCUGUGCUUGCAAGAGAAAACCAACACAGGGGCGGGUGUUAAACCCAAAUCAACCAAAUCAGACUCCAAUGAUAAACCAACCAGUAUAUCCACAGGCAGCAUACCAGUACCCUGUUCAACCGACGGGAAACAGUGUCGGUCUAUACCCGACAGCAAACUACGCAACUCAAUAUUCAGCGGGGUAUAAUACACAACCUCCUCUCCAAUCCCAGCAGGCAGGUGGCUGGCAACCGGCAGAACAUCCAGCAUCCGCCCCUCCACCUAACUAUGUUGAAUUGGACAAAUGAUCCAGUUUCCAUGUGAUUAAGCCAUCUUACCUGCAGUUGUUGGCUGUUAUAAAGAAGAUGUGAUUGCAAUACUUGACAACCUAAAUCUUCAGAAUUAUUUACAUGUACUUGCAUUCCUUUGAGCAUUUUAUAUUGUUAGAGCUGCGAUAUCCUAUUUGGGAAUCUAAAAAUAUAAUUACAAGCUAAUGGAUAUCAACACACACCCCGGAUCCAAUGACAUUUUUAGUAAACAGUAUAUGAAAUGACGAAUGUGCAUUGUAAAUAAAUUUCAAAACCGCAAAACAAAUAUUUCGUUAAUCGACAUUAGAAUAUUCAAUUUCAUUUUCAAAACCUUACCCUUCCGAGGAGUAAAAGACGUCGUACGUAAAUAUUAAAUGAUGUUCUUAUUAGGGUGUUGGGCAUAUACCCCAUCUGAUAUCUAUAAAUUUGCAUAGUAUUUCUUUAUAUUUGGAAUGUGUUUGCAGACAGAAAUGGAAUAAACUGUGCAUUGAACAAGUAACAAAAUAAAUGAUAAUCAUUUA